CUAGUUGUCCUCCUUUCACAGAGGUCCUCGGCGUUAAAGGGAAAGAUCAUUUUUAUUUUUUAAACUUGGGUGUUGUUGUCGUUACAGCUUUUUAUAAAAACAGAAAUAACACGACUUUUCGAACGUCAAUAACAAUUUCUGGUUGAAGGAAUAACGCCCCAAAUAUGUAGUAAGCUGUGGUGGACGCGACAUUAAAACUUCAGCUUGUAUUUGGUUUGCUGAGAACGUGUAUUGCUGAUGGGACUCAACAAAGCUGAUAAUGUCCAAAAGUUCUCUCAGCAGACAGGUAGCUUCUGGUAAGUUAACAAACUGGGUACAGCCUUCAUUUGAUGACUUAUUUGGAGGUGCCAGCUUGAAAUCACUCACUUCAAAAAAGAGGACUAACUCUGGAGAACCAAAGGGAAAUGAUCGGUCUUCCACUUUAGACGCCAGCAGAACACUUCAGGCAAAGAAGAGGACAAAAGCACCAUUCUGUGAGCAGCCAGGUCACUUUACCAAGGAAUACCUCGAGCUAGAUCAAGAUGUGCCCUGGGUGGAUAAAUACAAGCCGGAGUCACAGGCUGAGCUGGCAGUACACAAAAAGAAGAUUGAAGAAGUAGAAAACUGGUUGUCAAUAGAAAUUCAACAAAGACAACCUAAAAAGGGUGGCUCGAUUCUGCUGAUGACCGGACCUUCUGGUUGUGGAAAGACCGCCACAGUGCAGGUGUUAACAAAAGAGCUGGGUGUUCAAAUUCAGGAGUGGUCAAACCCAACUUCGCUGUCCGAAUUUAACAAGGAUGAUUAUAAAAACGUCUUUGACCCCGAGUCACGUUUCAGAAGCUUCACUAGUGAAUCACAGUCUGCAGUUUUUCAAGAGUUUCUAUUAAGAGCAAACAAAUAUAACAAACUGCAGAUGUUCGGGGAGGCCAAGGACACCAACAAGAAAGUAAUCCUCAUUGAAGAAUUGCCAUCACAAUUGCAAAUGCUUGCAGCGAUGUUAACAGAAAGACUGUUUGUAUUGGUUAUUAGGAGAUUCAUUCGGACUGGUAGAUGUCCACUGAUCUUCAUCAUCUCCGACAGUCUCAGUGGAGACAGCAACCAAUGGUUACUAUUUCCAAAAGACAUACAGGAGGAGCUAAACAUUAGUAAUAUAAGUUUUAACCCUGUGGCUCCUACCAGUAUGAUGAAGGUAUUAAGUCGAAUAGCAGCUCAGGAGACAAGCAGGAGUGGAGGAAAGGUAUCGGUUCCUGACAAAGAUUCUCUGGAUCGGCUGUGUUCUGGAAGCUCUGGAGACAUCAGAAGUGCAAUAAACAGCCUGCAGUUUUCUUCUUUAAAAGAUUAUGCUGUGGAAAACAGCUUAAUGAGCAGCAAGAAAGGAAAGGCCUCAUCUAAAGCAAGUAAAACAUCUACCCGAGGGAGAAAUAAAGACAAGUCGUCAAAGACCUCUGAGAGACAGGAGGGGCUGCAAGCCAUAGGUGGAAAGGACGUCUCCCUCUUCCUGUUCCGAGCAUUGGGAAAAAUAUUGCACUUCAAACGGGAGCCCCGCACCGAGCCUGAGCUUCCUCACCUACCAGACCAUCUGUCAGAGCAUGAGAGAGACACACUGCUGGUGGACCCAGAGGUGGUUACGGAGAAAUGCCACAUGUCAGGAGAGCUGUUCAACAUGUACCUGCACCAGAACUACCUUGAGUUCUUCAGUAACAUUGAGGAUGUGGUGCGAGCCAGUGAAUACCUCUCUGACGCUGACUUCCUCACCGCAGAGUGGAGUUCUCGAUCUGCACUCCGAGAGUACAGCGCCUCGGUCGCAGCUAGAGGGAUGAUCCAUUCCAACAAAGCCAGAGCCUUUGCCAGCAGCCAGACAGGAGUGGGAUUUAAGCCUUUACACAAACCACAAUGUCUUCUUAUAAACAGAAAGUACCGGGAAAACUGCCUUGUAGCAAAGUCUCUGUUUAUCAGUUUCUGUAUGCCUCCGGCAUGCCUUCAGACUCAGCUCUUGCCCUAUCUUGCUCUACUGACAAAUCCAAUGAGGAAUCAAGCUCAGAUUGCAUUUAUCCAGGAUGUUGGCAGGCUUCCUCUGAAGAAAUAUCCUAGAAGGUUGAAGCUUGAAGCUCUGACAGAUAAGGAUCCAGUAGUAGACCUGGACGGUGAUGAAGAUGACCCUGCCGUUUCCACCUAUGCAAAACCUAAAGGAGAGCAGUCCCAAGCUCCUGGCCCAGACGAAGGCCUCCAGUCAGAUGGUGGCUCCCUUCCUUCCAGUCAGACUGCUGGAGGGGACCUUCCUGGGAGCCAGCCGCAACCCACUGCAGCACAAGCCAUCAUGAAGGAAGAGGAGAUUGUGAUUGAGGAUUACGACAGUGACUGAAGAAACCCAGUGCGCCCCGCAGCUGAAACUGCUUUACUUUGGAAUUAGGCACACAUUUUGACUUCCUAUUUAUGAAGCUGCUGCUCUUUUUUUCCUGCCUUGUUGAGAGGAUGAUGGAUUUGUAUGACUGCUAUGGUAGCAAAAGAGCAGAUAACUACAGAAGCUGUGAAACCUUUAAGUUAAACUAAAGGUGUGUUAUUCACAGCCAGAGAUGUGCAGCAGUGUUUUCUACAGCUCAUCUUAUCCAAAGUGCUGUAAAUCUCACCAGUUGUGUUUGUUUGUUUUAUAUUUAUAUUUUUGUUGUUUCUUUUUGUGUCUCUGGAGCACUUGUUUCUGCAUUUUUUUUAUUUCUGUGUAGUGUGUACGUACACAAAAUGUACAUUUGGACAAAGUUACGUUGUAAUUUCUAUGUGGCAUGUUAGCAAAAACAAACCUGAAGUGUUGGACAUUGUUAUAGUCUGUAUUCAUUAGUUACAAUUAUUUAGUCCUCUGCAAAAAAAAAAAAAAAGUAAUUGAUUAAAAAAAACAAAAAAAUCACAUUGCUAAAACCCAUGCCUUUAUGAACACAUCCCUGAGUAUACAAUGCACUUCUUUAAAAAAAACAAAAAAAAUCACAUCGCUAAAACCCAUGCCUUUAUGAACACAUCCCUGAGUAUACAAUGCACUUCUUUAAAAAAAACAAAAAAAAUCACAUCGCUAAAACCCAUGCCUUUAUGAACACAUCCCUGAGUAUACAAUGCACUUCUUUAAAAAAAACAAAAAAAAUCACAUCGCUAAAACCCAUGCCUUUAUGAACACAUCCCUGAGUAUACAAUGCACUUCUUUAAAAAAAACAAAAAAAAUCACAUCGCUAAAACCCAUGCCUUUAUGAACACAUCCCUGAGUAUACAAUGCACUUCUUUAAAAAAAACAAAAAAAAUCACAUCGCUAAAACCCAUGCCUUUAUGAACACAUCCCUGAGUAUACAAUGCACUUCUUUAAAAAAAACAAAAAAAUCACAUCGCUAAAACCCAUGCCUUUAUGAACACAUCCCUGAGUAUACAAUGCACUUCUUUAAAAAAAACAAAAAAAUCACAUCGCUAAAACCCAUGCCUUUAUGAACACAUCCCUGAGUAUACAAUGCACUUCUUUAAAAAAAACAAAAAAAAUCACAUCGCUAAAACCCAUGCCUUUAUGAACACAUCCCUGAGUAUACAAUGCACUUCUUUAAAAAAAUCACAUUGCUAAAACCCAUGCCUUUAUGAACACAUCCCUGAGUAUACAAUGCACUUCUUUAAAAAAAACAAAAAACUAGCAGCUAGUUUAUGUAUGAUAAUUUAAUGUAAAAGUUAACAGAACUGUUAAAGCAGCACUGUAAAACCAUAGUCUAAUUAUAAAUUAGUUGCUGUUUGGCCAAAGUCAGUGAAGUGAAUUGGUGUUAUAAUUGAAAAUCCAAAUAAAAAGCAAGUAUCUGUACAGUGUUGUGAUUAUUCCACCGAGUGAGGAUUGCUGCUUAAACCUGAAUAAACAGCGCAUUUCUUGGAAUUAUUUCAAGCUCUACAUUUGCGUAGCAACACUGCAUACUUUAGUGCAGUAGGAUUCAUCACCCAG